UCCUAUUCGUCAGAAGCAACCACUGUUUAUAGUCAAAUAUGACUUUUCUUUGAUUUUUCUAAAUUUAAACAGAUUCGUCUGUAUAUACCUAUAUGUGUGCACAUAUAAAUAUGUAGUUAUACACUUUUUUUUUUUCCAUGCAGAACAUAUGGGUCUGCAGCUUGACUUAUUUACUUAUUAUAUCCUGGACAUCUUUCCAAGAUAGUGCAUAUUGAUCUCCCUUGAUCUUUCUAAUGGCUGCAUAGAAUGUGUAUAUCACAGUUUUUUCAACCCUGGUCCUACUGAUAGAUGUUUAGAUUUUUUCCAGUGUUUCCAGGGUUUCAGUAUAUAUUCUCAUACAUUUAUCUAUCCCUUGCCGAACUAGUUCUCUAGAAUUAAGUUCUAAAAGUAGGAUUGUUGAGUUGAAGAGUAUGUAUAUUUUAAAUUUGAAUAAACCUGUUGCCAUUGAGUCGAUUCCGACUCAUAGCGACUCUAUAGGACAGAGUAGAACUGCCCUAUGGAGUUUCCAGGGAGCACCUGGUGGAUUCGACCCUUUGGUUAGCAGCCAAGCUCUUAACCACUAUGCCACCAUUUGAAUAGGUGUUGAUAAAUUGCUUUCCGAGAUGGGGCACCCCUUUAUACUCUCAAAGCAGUGCAUGACAGUAACUGUUUUCCCGUUGCCUUUGCAGUAAUGGAUAUCAAAGGGCUUUUGAAAUUUCUGCCAACCUGACAGAAAAGAAUGGCAUCUGAGCACUACUGUAUGGUGGCAUGAGAGAGUCUCAGCCUGAAGCAGAAAUCCCUCUCCAGGACACCACUGCAGAAGCAUUCACAAUGCUGCUUAAAUACAUCUACACUGGGCGAGCGACACUGACAGAUGAGAAGGAGGAGGUGCUGCUGGACUUUUUGAGCCUGGCUCAUAAAUACGGAUUUCCAGAGCUGGAGGAUUCUACCUCUGAAUAUCUCUGCACCAUACUUAACAUUCAGAAUGUCUGCAUGACUUUUGAUGUUGCCAGUCUCUACUCGCUUCCCAAGUUAACUUGUAUGUGCUGCAUGUUUAUGGACAGAAAUGCUCAGGAGGUGCUCUCAAGUGAAGGUUUCCUCUCCCUUUCUAAGACAGCACUUUUAAACAUCGUAUUAAGAGAUUCAUUUGCAGCUCCUGAAAAAGAUAUUUUUCUAGCCUUGUUAAACUGGUGUAAGCACAACUCGAAGGAGAAUCAUGCUGAAAUCAUGCAGGCUGUGCGCUUACCUCUGAUGAGCCUCACUGAACUCCUGAAUGUUGUGAGGCCUUCGGGACUGCUGUCUCCUGAUGCCAUUCUGGAUGCUAUUAAAGUACGGUCAGAGAGCCGGGACAUGGACCUCAAUUACAGAGGCAUGCUCAUACCAGAAGAAAACAUUGCAACUAUGAAGUAUGGAGCCCAGGUUGUAAAAGGAGAGCUGAAGUCUGCCUUAUUAGAUGGUGAUACUCAAAAUUAUGAUUUGGAUCAUGGAUUUUCUAGGCACCCAAUUGAUGAUGACUGCCGUUCUGGCAUCGAGAUUAAGUUAGGUCAGCCGUCCAUCAUCAAUCACAUGCGGAUACUCCUGUGGGACCGGGACAGCCGGUCUUAUUCAUACUUCAUUGAAGUGUCCAUGGAUGAACUUGACUGGAUCAGAGUGAUCGAUCAUUCACAAUAUCUGUGUCGUUCUUGGCAAAAAUUGUAUUUUCCAGCCCGUGUCUGCAGGUUAGUUCUCAUAAAUAAGAAAUGAUUUUGAUUUUUACGUAAGGAGAUUUGAGCUUUGAGAAACAGACUGCAUUUUUCCAUCUUAUGGAAGAAGAGUUUUUUAGGGUAUCAGCUGCCAAACACAUGUCAACUAAAAAACUUUGGGAAGCUGUGGGAAAUUAUGGAUCUUAAUAUUUAGAGUGUGUUGUGGAGCCAUUUAUCCAAAAUGUUUUAUCCUGUAUUUAUGUAGUAGAUAUGUAAAUGAAUAAGAAGGAACAGGGAACACUUGAGCAGUGGAUAUUCUUUUUAAACUCCAUGCUGUACAUUGAAAACAGAGUUAUUGUUCGGGAGGGGGUGUGUCCUUCCCAUGAAAGCCAUGGGAGAUAUUUCUGGAGGCUUCCUUAGUAGUCCUCAGAGCAAGGAGAAGGUUUUGGGUGCAUGUUCUGGUUAGCAGUUAAUAAAAUGGGGUUUGACAGAGCAGGUGUUUCAAGUGGGGUUGGGGUUGGGGCAAGGAAGGUUGAGCUGGUGAGGCUCCAGGCCCACAUCCUCCCUUCAACCGAAGCACCUUAGCAUUUAUUGUUGUUGUGGAUUGCAGCCCAGUAAAGAUUGUUUUUAAAAGGCAAUGAAAAAGCUACUGUUGUAGUAUUUCAUAUUCUUUUUAACUUUCUUUAUGAAAUUCUGCAAAACCUAUAAGAAUUAAUGGGUUUGGGAGUUGGGAAAGGUGGUUAAAGGCUCUUGAAAUUCUGUUGUAUUAGUUUUCCCCCUGGAUGAUGGCUUUUGCCUUUUUGCCUGUGUUUUGUAUCUUUGAGACCU